AACAGUUCAGCCAUGGCAGCUCUGAACGACUCCGCUGUCAACUAUGAUAUGUUUAUUCUCAUUGGUAUCCCUGGCCUGAAGGAGCUACACUUGUGGAUCUCCAUUCCUUUCUGCCUGAUGUACCUGGUGGCUGUGUCCGGAAAUGGGAUCCUGAUCUGUGUGGUGGCGGCAGAAAGCAGUCUUCAUGAGCCCAUGUACCUCUUCCUCUCCAUGCUAGCAUUUUGGGAUCUGAUUCUUUCUACGUCCACUGUACCCAAAGCCCUGAGCAUCUUCUGGUUUGAUGAUGUGGACAUCUCCUUUGGCGGUUGUGUAACCCAACUCUUCUUUAUGCAUUUUGCCUUUGUAGUGGAGUCAGGCAUCCUCUUGGCGAUGGCUUUUGACCGCUAUGUGGCCAUCUGCUAUCCACUGAGAUAUACCACCAUACUUAGUCACGGCGUGAUUGGAAAAAUAGGGGGUGUUGUAGUGCUCAGGAGUUUUGCAACUGUUUUCCCCAUUGUCUUUCUUGUGAAGCGUUUGCCCUUCUGCCGGACAAACAUCAUUGCCCAUACUUUCUGUGAACACAUGGGGUUGGCAAAACUGGCUUGUGCUGACAUCACCAUCAACAUUUGGUACGGCAUCUCUGUGCCUUUACUCAGUGUUAUGCUAGAUAUGGUGACCAUCGUCAUAUCCUAUGGACUCAUUCUGAAGGCAGUCUUCAGGCUGCCAUCCCACGAUGCUAGGAUGAAAGCACUUGGCACCUGUGGCUCCCAUGUCUGUGUCAUCCUCAUGUUCUACCUUCCAGGAAUAUUCACUGUCAUUGCUCAGCGCUUUGGUCGAAAAAUCCCCAAGCAUGUCCACAUACUUCUGGCCAAUCUCUAUGUUCUGGUUCCCCCCAUGAUGAACCCAAUUAUCUAUGGAGUGAAGACCAAACAGAUUCGUGAACGAGUGGCCCUUGUGUUUGUUUCGAAAGGCAAGUGUUGUUAA